UUAGACCUCCUCUGCAAAACCCCAUUGCGUCGCCAAAACCCUCGAAGCUAAGAUCUCUACUGGAUAAUCCCGUUAACUAUGUCCGCCACCGCAGCCGCCAGGUCUGUCCUCCGCUCCACAGCCUUCCGAGCAACUAGAAUUGCCUCCGGACUCAAACCCGGACCCGGAAGCAAAACAGCUUUCUCUCCAUUCCGUACCUCUAACUCUAAGCCAAAUACUCUUUCUCAACGUAUCUUCAGGUCACCAAUGGAGAUAAGCUGCUGUGUGGAGACGAUGCUUCCAUAUCACACUGCAACUGCUUCUGCUUUACUCACUUCAAUGAUAUCCGUCUCGCGCCGCAGCUGUUGGACCCCUGAAGAUUGCAAUGAUGAUGUAUGAUGAAUGUCAGAGGGUUCAAGCGAAGUUUUUGUAGAUGCACUCAGUGAAAAGGUGGUGAAAUAAAGCUUGUCUUAGGGUUUUAGAUGUUUCUUGCUGUUUAUAAAGCUAAAAACAUGGUAAAAGAUAAUCAUAUGAUUAUUUGAGAAAUGAAGAAAAUGGUAUUCUGAUUAAGAAAAGAUAUUUAAGAUGCCCUUUUGUUUUCUGAAUUUGAUCUCCUGUCCUAGAAAACAAGUUUCUUUUGCAGCUACCUUUAGCUCUCAUUGGCUUGUACUUAUUCUUGCUGCCUUGAUUGGAGAUAUUCUUUAUCUAUAUCUCUUGAUUGCCUUUGAUUUGGGUUGGAAAUAAGUCUUAAAGCUGUUA